AUGAUGAAACUGGUACUGAUUGGCCUUGGUCUUCUGAUAGCCUCUAGCACUGCUCAGAUUCGGACGAAAGGUGGCACUUUAAUUGCCAAAGAAGGAGAAUCUCUCACAUUGCGUUGUGAAGUUGAGGACCCAAGCAUUGCAAUCAUUUGGCGUAAAAACAACGAUGUUGUCGCUGUGGACGACGAGAUUUUGGAUACCUACGGAGGAUAUGAAAUCGCGAUGGAAGGAUCAACAUCUGUGUUCACAAUCAAGAGAGUCGAACCAAUCAACUCGGCUAACUACUCGUGUGCAUUGGCCGAGCCGGAAGUUAGUGUCACUUUUGUCAUCAAAGUGCAAGUCAAACCUCUCGUCUUAAUCUCCCCGGACACUGGUGUCUACCACGCUAGAGUAGGAGAAAAGAAUCUGGUGAUCACUUGCCACGUCAAGGAAGGAAACCCAAAGCCAGGAGUCGUUUGGACCAAACAGGCUGCCAAAUUGCCGGAGGAUAUCAAGAAAGAUCAUGAGGGCGCUAGACUGGUGUUCCCGGAAGUCAAGAAGCAUCACGCUGGAAAGUACAACUGUUUGGCUGAGAACGUCGCUGGAAUGGAUAGAGCCACUGUCGAAAUUCAUGUUGCAGAGCCACUCCAAGGAGAACGGGAAGAGAAACCAUGGGUGAAAAACGAGGACACCUUCAUUCCGGUUCGCAAAAACCAAAACGCUUCAUUCUGGUGUACUUAUGACGGAACUCCAGUGCCGCAAGUCGAGUGGCUUUUCAAUGGUUACAAGAUUAACUUCAAUGACGAGAAGUUCAAGAAAACUUCGGAGACAGCUCAAAGGCUCAAUGGAUACAGCAAAUCGACGCUUACUGUCGGUGACAUCACGGAAGAGGCUUUCGGAGACUACGCUUGCCGUAUUUCCAACAAACUCGGAUCUGUCAUCGCCGUGGUGCACGUUAGUGGAAGACCAGGACCACCACAACUUUCGCUGGACGACUCGGAGCUCUCAUGGACCGUUAGAGCUUUUGAUAAGAUCCUUGAAUAUCAGCUCUGCCACCGAUUGGAGAACGCUGACCACUUCUUGCCGGAAAACUGUAACAGUGUCAGAGUGAAGAAGAGUGACAACAACGGAGAUGACAAGUGGACUCAUACAAUUGAUUUGCAAUCAUAUCUCGAGCAAGGGCAGAAGUAUCAUGUCCAGUUGAAGGCUAGGAAUGCGUUGGGGUGGGGCAGUAUGGCCAAGGAUGCGAUUAAUGUGGAAUUGAGAAGACCAGAAAAAGCAAAUGUUGAAUCAACACCAUGCACAUUUGUCACCAAUGGGCAACAAAUCACUUAUGGUGUUCGAGGAAACACAAUUCACUUCCGUGUUGUCUUGACAGGAAUCGCUCCUAAUGGAUCUGGAUGGACCGCUAUUGGAUUCGGAAAUAGCAUGUUCUCUGGUCUUGAUGUGAUUGUGGUUCGUGUUCUGAAUGGAAGAAUUAUUGUGACCGAUGAGUUUGUGCGUGGAUUCCAGUCGCCGGUUCCGGAUAGGCAAAACAACGUUCAAGUUUAUGGACUUCGUUAUGAGAAUGGUGUGGUCGUAGCUUCAUUCUCAAGAUCCGUGUUCUCUACCGAGCAAACGGAUGCUAAUCUUUCGGGAUGCUCUCCAUGGAAGUUCACUGUCGGUUUGAAUCGUAUGAGUCCUCAAGGCCAUCUUUUCCAUCACUCCCAAACACCGGUUCAUCGUGUGGUGUGCAUCAAUCAGUGCACUGUCUAA